AUGCACCUCCCAACCCUAGCAACCUGGCUCACAACCGCCCUCACCCUCACCCUCACCCAAUCCGCAGCCGCCAAAGUCCAACCCACGGUGCAACCCCCAGCCCCGGCCCUCUCCUUCCUCUACACCGCCUACGUGGAAUGCACGGAAACGCUCAUGCUCUCACCGGGACCGCACGGCACCCGCAAAGCCAUCCCCAUCGUCGGUGGUAAUUUCACCGGGCCGCGCUUAUCAGGCAAAAUCCUCGACGUAGGCGCAGACUGGGGCCUCGUCGAUCCCGCCACAGGCAUCUUCUCCGCCGACACCCGCUACAACCUCCGCACCGACGACGGCGCCGACAUCUUCAUCCAGACCUCUGGGCCGAAGGCGCCGAGCGGGCAGUUGCAUUUGCGCUUGGUGUUUGAGACCGGUAGUCGUGAGUAUUAUUGGUUGAAUAAUGUUGUGGCGGUCGGGGUGUUGACGCAUGCUGCGGAUGUAAAUGGGACGUCGAUUUUGAGGAUUGAUGCUUGGAAUAUGGCGUCGGAUUGGAACUCGACUACGUUUGUUGAUGCUUGAAGGUGCAUUGUAUGGAGUUCUGCUCGGUGAUAUGAAUUGGUAAGGCUGGUCUUAAAAGAACGGAGGGACAAUGGGUAUAGCUUGGGUGGGGAGAAGGGUUGUACUUUCAUUGUGACGGUGAUGCGUUAUAAAUUUUGGGUUUAAAAGGAUGGCUAGGUUGUCACCGGUGCCUCUUGAUUUCUUGCGCAGUGUAUAUAG